AUGAGCCAUUUAGCAGUUAAUCAAGGUCGUGGGCGCCGAAGAGCUCUUUCUGUUAACAGUUAUUCAGAAGAUCAGCAACAUGCAAUGGAAAAUGCGCUAGACAACCUUCGAGAUGACUUAAGCCUUGUUAAGAGUCAAUGGAAUAGGGUUUUAACAGAGGAUUCUAAUCCUUUAGAAUUAGCCUUAGCUUUUUUGGAUGACACUUCGGUUGGUCUUGGGCACAGAUAUAUAGAGUUCAACCAGUUGAAAGAGCAAAUCGGCUCCCAUUUACAAGAAGUUGUCAAUCAACACAGUCAAGCAUUCAAUUCCAAUGUGGCAUCAUAUACUCAAGCUGUUAAUGCAAUAACUAAAUCGCAACAAAAGAUUUUAGAACUUAAGGAUUCUGUCAGGGAAGCAAACCAUAAAUUUGUUCUCGACAAGUCAGAUUUAGAAGAUUUGAAUAAUCAAAGCCUAAAGUAUAACCAGGUGAUUGAAGACUUAAAUUCUAUUGAAAAAUUAAUUCAGUACCCAGAUAUUAUAGAGGAACAUAUUAGAGGCAAGAACUAUAGAGAUGCAAGGAUCUUAUUAGAAAAGGGAUUCUUACUAGCAGGUAGUCAAACACUUAAGGAUGUAAGUGCUAUAAAACCAUUAGUGCAGCAACUAGAAUUACAGGAGCAUGUGCUAUUCAAUACCAUCAUCGAAGAGAUACACAAUAUUCUCUACAGCAAGAAUGACGAUUCUUUUGUUACAAAUGAGAUUGGCAGAAUGGUCGGUACAGCUCAGACUAAUUUCUCCACAUUGGAAAACUAUGUUUACAAUGUAGUGAAUAUUGACAUAAAAGAGCAAUCACGAAUUAUUAACGAUAAAUUCUCCAUCUUUAUGAAAGACAUUGAAGACUCAAAGUCAUACUCAAAAAAAGUUAUGGUACGAAGUAAGCAAACUGUUUUUGACAAACUCUUUAUAUAUUUGAGCCUCUUGAAAGAUAUGAAAAAGCUAUCACCUGCUUUGAAUAUCAUUUAUGACAGAACAAAGGAAGAGUUUCAUAAUAUCGUACUAAAAAGUACAGAAAAGGUAAGAUUAAAACACCCAUCCCUGCUAAAAAUGUCUCAAGGGUUUGAAAAAGAAUUGAAUUUUGGUUUAUCCAUAAAGGACAUUCUAUCAUUGAUAAUGAGGGAAUGCUUUUGGGAGAUUUUCAUCAAAUUUCUAGUUGCAACACAAGGUCAUAGAGUUGUUGCAGAGUCUGUCAACUCUUUAAGAUCUCCAACCUCUAAGAGCACUAUUUAUCCGCUUGAUAAAGUGUGGAGAAAGGUUAUAGAUGAGAUUGAAUUUUUAUUAACAAGAUACCUAAGAAAUGACCAACUAUUAAAUAGUAAUAAACUUUUGAAAACAAAAAGAUCUAGAGCUUCUUCAAUCGCAAACAAUAGAAUUGAGCAUUUUAGCUUAGAAGAUAAUAUUGAAGGCGAGGCAUCUGCUAAGAAACAUGCAGCAGAAUUGAAAACACUUUUGAAGGAUAUUUUCCCGGGGUUUACAGUUUCUUCAAAUAUGGAACUGGGCUCUAUUUAUAUACAGGAUGAAUCGUUUGAGAGAGAUGAUUCACUAAUUCCUGGUUCUAUUUUCAAUAUCAAAGUAUUACUUGAGCCUUACUUAGUAUAUGUCAGUGCUUGUGAGAACAUACUACCGGAACAAAUAAAAACAAACACAAUUUCUCCAUUGAAAUUUUUUAAAGAUUAUAUGGAGAAUCAAUUCUUCCCAAAUAUUGAGGUGACAUUUAAUUCACUGUUUGAAAACCAUGUUGAAAAUAAUAAUCCUUAUGCGCUUGAAAUAAACGAUGAGAACAAAACAAUUUUUAAGGCAGCUGUUGAUUUCCAAAAUCUACUUGCAAGGAUUAUGCUAUUAAUGAAUACAACGAACACAUUCCGGAAGAAUGUAUCGACUUCUAUAUUGGAAGUAAUUAUAAGACUCCAAGCAUACUAUGAAGACCUCUUCAAUACUAUCGUCAAUAGCCACAAUGACAUCAGCAACAACAUUUUAAUCACUUGGCUCAAUGAUGAAAAGUUAAGUCAUCUUGAAUCUAAAAUUUAUAAUGGUGAUGAAAGUGUAAUAACUCAAGAAACCAACGAAUUAUUUAGGUACGUUCCUAAUUUUUGCGUCAAGAGCAGGGGUUUGACAACAUAUGAUUCAUUGAGUCCAACCUCAUUUGAUAACAUAAUCUACUUUUUAUCAACUAUCAUGUGGAUAUUAGAUUGGCUACCAACAAUGAAAAAAAGGGUUGAAGAAGAAAAUAAUGUUGAAACAAAGUCUGAAAUUGAUAUUUUGAGGAAGCAGUGGUCCUUCUUCGAGACUACUGAUUCUGAUGUCAAACAAAUAAAAACCUUGAAGUUCUCGCUUGACAAAGAAUCUGAAGAGAAAUUUGAUCAAACUAUCAAUGCCUUUAUGCAGCUGAAAACAAAGUUGGUAUCAUUAUUGAGAUUUGAUAUGAGAUCUCUGUGCAUCUCAAAUAUUGGUGAGCUAUUUCAGAAUACGACCAUGUGGAAUCCAGAAGAUAGCAGUAAUGAAAUAGAUCAAAGCAUUGCUUCGUUGAUAUCAAGAUUAAGGCUAUCAGAGAACAAGCUAAAACAACAGUUAUCUGAUGUCGAGUUAAAGAUUAUUUUCAUUGGCGUUGACAAAUUAUGUAACAUUGCGUUCAUUAAGGGCUCUCAAACGAUUAAGGUUUUAAACAGCAAUGGUGUCAAAAAAUUAUCACGUAACAUUCAAAUGCUACAACACACUUUCAGGAAUUUCUCUCCUGAUCCAUCAAAUAUUGACAUGAGCGAGCCUUUAUUAUUUUAUUCACUUUGUGAUGCUGACGAGUCGACCUUAUUUGAAGAAUUGAAUAAGGGAUCCCUUGCAAAUUUGCCUGUAGAGCUCCACAAGACUAUCUUAAAACUACAAUUCAGUGAGGAGUUGUAUAGACAACAGAUGAGAUCAGCAAGAAUGUCUACAAGUACUCAUUCCAAACCAACUAAUAAGAGAUAUCUAGAUGCUAUGGAGAAACUUAAUAAUUUGGGUGUAAGUACUGCCGCAUAA